GGCUGCUAUGCAGCUAUGAAGAAGAAAAUCUAUGCAAUGGGUGGCGGCUCCUAUGGAAAACUCUUUGAAUCUGUGGAAUGUUAUGAUCCUAGGACUCAGCAAUGGACAGCAAUCUGUCCUCUGAAAGAGAGAAGAUUUGGUGCAGUGGCCUGUGGAGUUGCCUCUGAGCUUUACGUGUUUGGUGGCGUCAGGAGUCGUGACGACAGUCAAGCCAGUGAGAUGGUGACUUGCAAAUCCGAGUUCUAUCAUGACGAGUUUAAAAGAUGGAUUUAUUUAAAUGACCAGAAUUUAUGUAUCCCAACGAGUUCUUCUUUUGUGUAUGGAGCUGUACCUAUUGGAGCCAGUAUUUAUGUCAUUGGAGAUCUCGAUACAGGUACCAACUACGACUAUGUCAGGGAAUUCAAGCGCAGCACCGGGACGUGGCAGCGCACGAAGCCGCUGCUGCAGUCGGACCUGCGCCGCACGGGCUGCGCCGCGCUGCGCAUCGCUAACUGCAAGCUCUUCCUACUGCAGCUCCAGCAGGGAUUGUUCCGCAUUCGUGUACAUUCUCCAUGA